AUGACUAUGACCGCAUCGGGAGAAAUCGAGUCAGAGAACGAUGACGGACCCGACGAGCCGAACGACGCUAAGGAAGUCGAGGAAGCCGUAGCUGAACCGGAUGAAGGGGAGCUACUUAUGAUCCGGCGGGUCCUCAACACUAGCCAGUCUCCGGACGAUACGCACCAGCGGAACAACAUCUUUCACACGCGUUGCACUGUAAGUGGGAAGGUUUGUGGCUUGAUCAUUGACGGUGGAUCUUGCACCAAUGUGGCAAGUUCCUACAUGGUCAAGAAAGUUGCUAUUAGUACCACAAAUCAUCCUAAACCCUACAAAAUCAAAUGGUUGAAUGACAAGGUCGUGGUCCAAGUCACCGAACAGGUCAUGGUCCCGUUUAGUGUAGGCCCCUACAAAGACCAAGUCUUGUGUGACAGGGUUCCAAUGCUAGCUAGCCACCUCCUUUUGGGGUGUCCUUGGCAGUUUGACAAACGGACCUCACACUGUGGCCACACCAACCAAUACUUUUUCGCGCAUGAUAACAAGUGUAUUUGUCUAAAGCCACUAAGUCCUACACAAGUUUGUGAACUACAAUCGAAACUGUCUAAGGAACCGAGCACUAAAAUGAACUUUUUGAUUAAUGCUAGUACGGUUAGGAGAUCACUUAGUGACUCCACUUGUCAAGUCUUAUUGAUGGUGUUUAAGGAUGUUGUGAGUAUAGGCACGGAACAAGACGCCAUCCCGGCCAUGAUCAGACCAGUCCUACGACGGUACCAGGACGUGUUUCCGGAUGAGUUUCCGCACGGCUUACCACCCCUUCGAGGCAUUGAGAACCAGAUUGAUCUCGUGCCUAGAGCCCAGCUGCCAAACCGUCCAGCCUAUCGUGUGAACCCCGAGGAGGCCAAGGAGCUUAAACGCCAAGUAUCUGAACUAAUGAAGCAAGGAUACGUCCGGGAGAAUCUCAGCCCAUGUGCGGUGCCAGUCUUGUUGGUACCUAAGAAGGACGGGACAUGGCGUAUGUGCGUGGAUUGUCGGGCAGUGAACAACAUCACCAUCAAGUACCGCCAUCUCAUUCCGCGCCUAGACGACAUGCUUGAUGAACUCAGCGGCUCCACCAUCUUCUCCAAGAUAGACCUUAAAAGUGGUUAUCAUCAAGUGAGGAUGAAAGAGGGAGAUGAGUAG